UUCAGAAUGAUUGUUAUAACCAUUAAAUAAAGCAUAAGAAUGAAUUCAAAAUAUACCAAAUCUAAAGAAUUCUCCCCAACUAAUUCAGAAAUAUGUAUUGAAGAAAUUCGUCCAACUGAUCAUUUUUUAGACAUUGAUAAAACUGAAUGGGCAUAUAAUAAGGAGAAUCGUAAUGGUUUUCUAAAUCAUGUCUCAUCAAGUACAUCCCUAGAUUUGUCUACUCAAAAUGUCCUAGUUAAAAAACCCAAAGGAAAUACCUUUGAUCUAAGCAACUUUUUAUCAAAAAAAAGUGGACCUCAAGUGCAAAAGGACAAAAGUUUACCAAAAAAUGUCAGAUCUUUCUACAAAAAGCAGGAUCACUUGAUAAAGGAAUUUGAAGAUCACAUAAGAUUUAAAAACGAAAAUCUGGAAGAUAUCGUCAAAAAGCCUAAUGAAGAAUCUCAUGAUCAAUGUUUAGCUAAAGUCACUUUCUUCAUUAACUUGUGCUUGAUGAUAAUAAAAUCAGUAGCUGCCGCCUUAUCUGGUUCCCUGGCCAUUAUUUCCAGCCUGGUAGAUUCUUGCGUAGAUUUGGUGUCCGGGAUUAUCAUAUGGUAUAGUAACCGGGCCAGUCGAAAGCCUAACAUAUAUCAUUACCCUCAGGGAAGGACCAGACUUGAGCCUAUAGGAUUAGUUAUACUUUCCUCCAUCAUGGCUAUAGCCUCGUUUCAAAUCAUAUUUACCUCGAUCGGGCAAAUGAUCAAAGGCGAUAUGCACCCAAAAGUCGACACAGCUACCCUUAUUAUCACAUUAACCACCAUAGUGACCAAAUUGAUUUUGUGGAUCGUGCUGAGACGGUAUAAGACCCCUGGCGCUCAAGUAUUAACCAUGGAUCAGCGUAACGAUUUUUUCUCUAAUUCCGUCGCCCUCGUUUGCGCCUAUAUAGGUUUCUUGUAUUGGCGUUACGCGGAUCCGAUAGGUGCUUUAUUAAUAGCCAUAUACAUAGCUAUGAGUUGGUGGUUGACUGGUUAUAAACAAAUCCAAUAUCUAACUGGUCACACGGCACAAUCCAAAUUUUUGCAACUCAUAACUUGGAUAUGCUUGAAUCAUAGCGAAAAAAUUCUUAAAAUCGAUACCGUUCGGGCUUUUCAUUUCGGCAAUAAUUUUUUGGUUGAAGUAGAUAUAAUGCUACCUGAGACCAUGUUCCUUAAGGAGGCUCACGAUAUUGGGGAAAAACUGCAGGUCAAAUUAGAAGGGUUGCCCGAAAUCGAAAGAGCUUUCGUUCAUUUGGAUUACGAAACUGAACACAGACCUAGCGAAGAGCACAAAUUUCCUUGACGAAACUCCGAUACCGAUAUUAGUUUAACCAACUAUUUAUAUUUACACCAAUUCAAACCUUACAUUUUAGAUUUUAUUCGUCAAAAGCCCGGUUUAGGGUAUACGCGAAUAAAGGCUAAAUAAAUGUAUUCGACGCCUUUUAAUAAAAUAUGCAAUGCACUUUUUAAAGAUUAAAAUGUACUGCUCAGUAUAUAAUUAAUCAAAGGAUUAAAUCAUUCGAUAGUACCAAAUAAUUUUUUGAACAGAACUUAAAAAUUGCUUUAGAUAUUCAUAUAUCAUGUCUUUCUAUGGUAUAGUAGGAUUGAACUUCUUAAAUUGCUAAUCUAUUCGAUUUUAAUAGUCGUUAUGCCAAUUAUAGCCUAACAAAUGAUAUCAAGUCGUUUUUUUUUCAUUAAAUCGUCUUUUUUAUGCACAACUCUAAAAUAA